UCCAGAGAACUUGCCACAUUGUUCUGUGUUCUAAUACCUUCCUUCUUAAUUUCUUUACUUCUAAAUUUCCUCUUGAGCUACUUGGCUUCCUCUCACUACAUUACAACAGCUAUAUUUAAUUUCCUGCCGAAACAUGGAAUUUCAGUUUCAUAAGUAUGUUUUUAUUUUUUUAAUACUACUCUGCCACGAAGUUCUGGUUAUGGAGGGAAGAGUAUUAAAGUCGAUGUACAGAACAGAGUCGAAGCAGAGCGUCCCGACUCCCAAAUCUCAGAGCAGAGGUUUUGGUGAUUCAGGUGCAGUUGAAGGAGAGGAAGAUCUACCCCCAACAACCCCAGGGGACAGUCCUGGAAUCGGCCAUCCUCUUGAACAAGAUAAAGAAGAUGGUCAUGAAAUUGUGGGCAUUAAGCAUCCAGUUAUGGGUUUUCCAGGUGACAGCCCCGGGGUAGGACACUAUCUUGCAGACAAAGAACUAAAAUCCCACAGAAUUGAUGAUUUCCGUCCCACAUCUCCAGGAAGCAAUUAUUCUUACGUACAAGUCAAAGACGAGAAUGGACAAAAAUCGGCAAGGCACAGCUUCAGUGAUACAGAUGAUUUUAAACCUACAAAUCCAGGGCAUAGUCCUGGAGUCGGCCAUCCUCUUGAACAAGAGAAAGAAUAUGGUAAACUACAGGGCACUAAGCAUUCUGUUAUGGGAUCUACAGAUGAUUUUCGUCACACAACGCCAGGUAACAGCCCCGGAGUAGGACACUUUCCUGCAGGCAAAGAACAAAAAGCCCCUAGCACUGAUGAUUUCCGUCCCACAAUGCUAGGAAAUAGCCCUGGAGUUGGACGUUAUUCUCACGUACAAGACACAGAGGAGAAGGAAGAAAAAUCCGAAAGCCAUAGCUUCAGUGAGACAGAUGAUUUUAAACCUACAAAUCCAGGGCACAGCCCUGGUGUUGGCCACUCUGAUAGAAACUAAAGCAGCAACUUGCCCCUGAAGAUGUAAACUCUCCCUUUCAGUUUUAAUAUGGAAAAGAAAAUGUAGAAAAUAAGGAGAUGCUGGUUGUCUCGAUUGAUCAGUACUAAGUAGCAACAAAUUAGGUCCUAGGAUUGGUUCUUCAGUAGUCCGUUUACAAGUUGUGU